AUGUCGGAAACACUUGGACCUCAUGAUGUGCCCUGUGGGACAAAUCAAAUCAAAGAAUCAUCAUUGUUUUACAAAGAGUGCGAGCAAGCUGCUCGUUUACUCGCCGUAGUAACCAAAAAGGAGAAAAAACAUGCUAUGAACGAAGCCAUUCUCAAAAUCAUUGGAAAUGUUCGUUGUCGAGGUGGAGAGUUCAAGAAGAAGAAGUUCAAAGGGUUAAAGGCGUGGUUUCCCGAAAAUGAGACAGCCAUAAAGGCCAAGAUCAAAAGACGAAUUGAAAGUGAUCUGAAGAAAAUCGAAAUCGAAAUGUCAGAGCAGAACAACAAAGUAAAGCCUGCAAGCAAUCGUGUUUCAUCUGGACGCAAAAGUCAAGGUGAAGGUGAAGAGAGCCUCGGUCGAGUCCUAGAGAUGCCCUACCAUAAAAUUUCCAAGAAAAUAGGAGAGCUUGGACCAUACGAUGUUCCGUGUGGAAGCAAUGCAUCAGGUCAAGGUGCGGAGGGCUUUCAUAGCGACUGUAGUUAUUUUGCGCUUAUCUUUCCCCGUCUAUCGAAAGAGGAGAAGGAUGAUGCAGUACAACGAAUCAUUAAUAGCUUAGAGAAAAGAGGGGGGAAAUUCAAGAAGAAGAUGAAGGAUGUAGGAUGGGUCGAAGAGUCUGGAUCUGAUACGGUCGUUAAAAGAGUGCUUACAUGCAUCGCUAACUAUGGAAGAAAGAAUGGGGUAAUAUCAACCGAAACGAUGAAUCUGAUUCGGCAGGAAGUAUUGUGCAACAGAAAGGGGAAAGAAUAUGCAGUUGUGUCCAUGCAAAGAGCGCAAGGUUUCGAAAAGGAUGCCAAUUUCGAUGACUCCUACUACUUUUUGCGUACAGCAUGCUACGUCUAUAAGACGAUGCUAGUGGAGAAUGUUGAAAGCAAUAAGAACGAAACAAAAUGGAACCUGGCGCGAACUUAUCGAAGGCUUGCCGAAGUCCUUGUGGAUAACGGUCAGAAGCAAGGACAAGCGCUACCAUACUUUGAAAUGGCAGCCCGAGCAUGUGAAGAGUUGAAACAUUGGGACACUCUUGGAGCCAUCAAAUGCCAGAUUGCGCAUUGUUAUAAGCGAAAGGGAGACCGAUCCACCGCGGAUCGGAUGCUCCAAGAGGCUCAUGAUUAUUUGUUCAGCGCCAGGUGGCCACUACCGCUUGAGUUCGAGAUGUCGGACCCAACAGCUAAACUCUUCUACUACCAGUAUUCGGCGAAUUUGCUCCGUGGCGAUGGCAAGCAUGAGGCUUCCUUGGAUCACUAUGAAAGGUCGUGCCUCCUGCAGCCAACUGAGGACAGGCAAUUCUCCCAGGAUGAUCAUGAUAACUUUCUCAACAUCAGCGGUAAGGCAUAUCAUGGAAUUGGCAUGGCAUAUACUGAACAAGGGAAAUACGAUGAAGCGGACACAUACUUGAGACGAUCCAUGAGCCAGCUGUUGAAGCGAUAUGGACCAAACCAUCCAGAAUAUACAGACAACUACUUGAUCCUCGCAAAAGGUCAGAUGAUGCGUGGAAAGAUCGGAAAUGCACGUUAUUUGCUUGAGAACUACUUGAAUCUCUACCGAGACAAACCGGCACACCCAUCCUACCCCUUUGGUCUAGGCCAUCUCGGGAAGACGUGGGAGAAAGAGAAGAACUACAGAGAAGCGUUGAAUGUUUAUAUCCGAGCAUUGGAACUCAACGAAGCGAGAAUUGGCAAAGGCAUUGCUCACUUGGACGUUGCUUAUACUCUGAACAGCAUUGCUAAUUGCUUGCGAAAGGACGAAAAAUUCGAUGACGCUUCCGAUACUUGCAAAAGAGCCUAUGAGACUCUAAGGAAGUUGGGAUAUGAAGAUGACGGAGACCACCCAACAAUGGUCUACAACCGAAAUUUGCAUGGUCGAAUUUGCUCCAGAGACAUCUCGAGUACUUAUGACGAGACGUUGCUCUGCACCUAG